AUGCCUACGCAAACGGUAUGGGAUGAAGAUCUUUCUGAGCGCGCUUGCGAGGAAGCAUAUGGUGAAUUAGGCUCUCAUGGUUUUGACAAACUUGAAGUAGAAAGGGAGGUACCAAAAUCACUCGUAAGAUCGAGCAGAAUUCAGCGUACCCUCAUGCGUGCAUAUAAAGAUAAAGAGGCACAAGUCAAUGUCGUACGCAAUCUUCCUGCAGGCACGAAAUAUGGAUGCAACGCCGUGGAAAUACUGGAAGAUUAA